UCUUCUGCUUCCUGCCUCCGCUCGCAUGCUCCGUGGCUGUGUGUGAGAGAGAGAGCGAGAGAGAGAGAGAUAGAGAGAGAGAGAAACCCCCUGUCUAGGCAUGGACCUCCGGCUGCAGCACUCGGCAGCUCGCGAGGAAUGACAACACUUCACAUGGUCAUUAACUCCAGUCACUGAGGCUCUAGGGGAGAGCUGUACCGUGGCUCAGUGUCACCAGAAGCACCAGGUGCCUUCCACGCGUGGGACAGAGGCAGAGCGGCGGGACCCGGUGAAAUGAGAUCACUGACGGAAAGUGCCUUGUGAGACAACUUGCCUGCUUCAAGAACCCUGGGUGUUCCUGACGGGCUUCAGAUUUCUCCUCCUGCAGUCGAGACAGGAUUUAGCUCAGCCCCAUUAACACCCCCGGACCCCUUUGGGUUGUCCUUACCUGUCCUACCCACCCGAGGUGAAGAGGAGGAGCUGCUGCGCUGCGGUGCCAAAACUCCGAGCGAGUAGGUACUGAAGGCUUUUAAACAAUAGAUCGCCACAAACUGUGUGUUGUUCUAAACUGUGCCAUCGCACCUCAAAAUAGCUCCACUUUUGCUACCUAACAUCCACCCUUGCACAGACAUCAUCAGUCAUAGGAAGGACAUUUUGGGGACACCGGUACAGCCAGCAGAGAUUGUCUCCGAGCAUGCCCCCUCUGUCUUGUCAGAGGUCCGCACUUGAGACUUACUGAUUGAUGAACAAUUAGCGGUUUGACUGACAGACUCUACAAUAGCGGCGAAGUCCCAUGCUCCGCUCGCAGAGACUUUGUCAGUCCAUUACCUCCACUGUCCUGUCCACAAGGACACACAACAUCCACUGACCUGCAGCACAUCAUUUAUAGCUACAUGUUCAAGUAGUUUUUUUAGUUGCUGUUUGUUUUAUUUUUUUUUAAUUGGAACGCCGAAGCCACCUCCUCCUCCGAGGAUAACUCCACUCCCCCCCCCCGGCUCCACCACCACCACCAGCGCCGCUGACAUGGCUCUGAACAUUGCGUCGAUACGGGACACAAAAUGGCUGACCCUGGAAGUGUGCCGGCAGUUUCAGAGAGGGACGUGUUCACGCAGCGACGAGGAGUGCAAGUUCGCCCACCCGCCCAAGAGCUGUCAGGUGGAGAAUGGGAGGGUGAUCGCCUGUUUUGAUUCGUUAAAGGGCCGCUGCACGCGAGAGAACUGCAAAUACCUCCACCCGCCCGCUCACCUGAAGACCCAGCUGGAGAUCAACGGGCGCAACAACCUGAUCCAGCAGAAGACGGCGGCCGCCAUGUUGGCUCAGCAGAUGCAGUUCAUGAUCCCCGGCACCACCAUGCAUCCUGUGGGGGUUGAUCAAGAUGCUUUGGCGUCACUUUUGAGGAGCAGUCAUGUCGACCAUCUUUAUUUACAGUCAAUGCAGGCGUUUCCUCCCUGCCAGGGCCUGGGCUCGGGCGGGGGUUUGAGCUACGCACCCUACCUGACUCCCAUGUCCCACAGCAUGGGCCUGGUGCCCACAGACAUCCAUCCCAACAGCCAAGUCAUCGUCCCCGGCAGCCCGCCCGUCUCCGGCGGCUCCAACUCCAACCAGAAGCUGCUGCGCACCGACAAGCUGGAGGUGUGCCGCGAGUUCCAGAGGGGCAACUGCGCCCGUGGUGAGACCGACUGCCGCUUCGCUCACCCGAGCGACAGCCCCAUGAUCGACACCAGCGACAACACGGUCACCGUCUGCAUGGACUACAUCAAGAGCCGCUGCUCUCGCGAGAAGUGCAAGUACUUCCACCCCCCGGCCCACCUGCAGGCCAAGAUAAAGGCCGCCCAACACCAGGCCAACCAGACGGCUGUGGCCGCGCAAGCCGCUGCCACAGCUGCAGCCAUGACUCAGUCGACUGCCAAAGCAAUGAAGCGACCCCUCGAGGCAACUGUAGACCUGGCGUUCCCGCACGGCGUCCUCCAGCCCCUACCAAAGAGACCAACACUCGAGAAGAACAACGGAGCCAACUCCCUGUUCAACCCCAGUGUUUUGCACUACCAGCAGGCGCUGGCCAACGCACAGCUCCAGCAGCCUGCUUUCUUUCCCACUGAUUAUCCUGAAAUAAGCGUCAGGAUGGGAAGGGAGUGUCACAAAGCUGCACUAGGAAACCCCAAACCGCCCCAGUGUAAAUACUACCUGACCUCUCCCAUAGAGGUCCAGCAACCUGCAUGCUAAGAGUGUAACACUUCAAUUAACCAUACGAACUGCAGUGCCGGUGAAACACACACACACAGAAAAAAGAGAUAUACUGUAUGUAUUGCUAGAAAGAAGAAAAAAACUAUUAACAUGAAAAAGUCAAAAAUAUUCUUAUGUAUUAUAGCAGACACACUAUAGAGGUCAUUUUAACAAAUGUUCUCCCAAAGUACCGUCGACCCCCCCACUCUCUCUUUCAUAUUUAUUCUAAAAACCUCUGCACAACAACGUUCACCCCCCCCCCCCUUUGGUUAGUAAAAGAAUCAAGAUGCUUGAUUUGCACUGGACGAGAGACGUGGUGCACGCCGUGGACAAACAGGAAGUCACAGGAAACCCGCGCACAGCCACGCCCACGCACUCGGCGAGGGUUGAUUUUAAAAGUCUUGCGGUCUUUUGCUUUUUUUUCUCACCAUGAAGAUGAAUGUCCCUGGGGGCAGACAGGCUCGUGUUUCCUCCACAUGUGACUGUCCCCCACCCGCCACCCCCCCCCGAUGCUGUUACGAUGCCAUGAUGAAGCUCGUCCGCCCCCGCCUUGCCCCUCCCCCUUUCGCCAACUUCUCAUCCCAGGAAACCAUCUUGCCAAAGUCGCGGCUUGGGAGAAGUCGGAUGGAAUCACCGCCGCCAGAAAUAAAACCACCAGAGCCACACUCUCGAGCACCCAGACAAAUUCUUCUCUUUUUGUUUUCUGUUGCCAUUACGAGAAGCUGCUCGGCACUCGCCCUUUAUCUGUUUCCACGCUGGGUUCGGCUCUUUGUCGAGGACGAGCGGGGGGGUAGACUGUGCACGGAUUUUUUUGCAUGCAGUCAGGAACAGGGGAAGACAGUGCCCAGUGUUGACAGAAGAUAGUCGUGGCCAUUACUGAAAAGCCUAAAGGCUCGGGUCUGUGCCAAGGGCUUAACAAAGCUUGACGGUUCGUCCCAGACAUACCAAGCCUUGUGUGUGUGAGUGAGUGUGCGUGUGUGUGCGUGUGUGUGUAUGUGUGUGUAUGUGUGUGUUUCGUAUCUGGAGACUGAUGGUCUGCCGGCAGACUGGGACUUGAGGCGAGGUCUAGCAGGUGACGACUACACCAGGCCUGGUAGGAGAGUCUUUUCGAGGGGUGGGUGAAGGAUUUAAGUGCUAAGACUAAACAAAAAAAACGGUGCAUUUGACGAUGCUCGUCAAGAAAAAAACAAAAGAAAAAACAGACAAAAAAAAGAGAUGACUUGAACUUCGACUGGAGGGCUAUCUGUGACCGACGGUUGUCCUGUCCAACCCAACUAUCACCGAUAAUCCUGUUCCAUUUUAGAAAAACUCGUAGAAGUGCCUAAAAAAUGCUCAUCGACUCAACAACACGUGCAUCCGGAGUCUAUCACUAAAAGUCACCGACGCAAAACACACACCGGGCCGUCAGAACGUGGACCUUUAUUUGAUUUCCCCCCCCCCAGGGGGAAUGACAUCACACUUCUUUCCGUUCCCGGAGGCGGUCUCAUCACAAGUGACUUUAUGGAAAAACUAAAAAAAAGAAGUUGAAGAAACGACAAAUCAAAACAUAGCUUUGUAGAAUGUUUGGUGACUUUCAUGGUGUCCCAUUGUUUCCCACCAUGGUUUGAGUAGUUUACAUGAGGAACGUGAGUGAGAAAAAAAAAUACCUGUAUUGUAAAACUGUGUAAUGUAUGUAAGGUGUCUCUUACUUUGAGAGUUUAUAUUCAUAGUUUUAGAAAUAUAUUCAAAGUUAUUUAAAAAUUUUGUGUUGUGUCUCCUAUCGAGGUAUGUUUCGACCCCCCCCCAUCCCCUCCACCACCUCCAUCUUUCAGAACAAUCACAUUUAGAUCAUAAAUUGUUAUUUUUAUUAUUUUACACCUUCUUUAGCCCGUUUUAACUCAUAAACUAAAUUUUUAUUCUUUUUUCACACAAAAAUCGGAUGUAAUUUCAUGGUGCUUGAUCAACAUUGACAAUCCACAAUCAGACCUUUUUUUCUCGGAAAUGUCUCACUCGCUUUCCGCGUGUUUUCACCUCGACUCGUCUCCACGUGAGUUUUUAGUUUCUGUUUUUCGAUUCGUGUGUAAUAUCCGUGGCAGGUGGUGAAAGCUUCUAUUCUGUUGUAAUUUAUCUUGUGUUACUCUUGGUCAAAUUUUAGUUGAGAGAAAAAAAAAAAAGGAAAUGUUGUAAACUAUUCUAUUUUGAGAUGAAUGUAAUUUAUUGAGCUGUGCUACGUCACUGCACGGUUGGUCAUUUCAAGGUCUAACCUGUCAGGUCAGCGACUGAGAAGUCGGGGGGGGGGCGGGGCGGCGUUUGAAAAAGUCCACCCGUCGAUAGAAAGCUACUGGAUCUCUCUUGCCUUCUCAUUGAUAAAAAAAACAAAAAAAAUCACGGUGUCGCAGUGAUGAGCAUAGUUAUAGACUCGUCUGUGUUGUUGGGGAAAAAAAAUGUUUAUUGUAUAGAUGACAUUUUACCAAAAAAAUAAGAGAAUAAAAUUUCAAAAAAGAUGUACUUUUCACUCUAGUAUAAUAGUAUUUCAUAACAAUAUUAAGUUGUUGCUGUGGCAACCAAAUGUUGCAAUUACUAAAGUUCGGUAUUUUUGUAAAUGACAUUGUUGAGUUGAUUUUUCUUUGUUUCUUCUUCUUUCUUUUUUUUCUUUCUUUUUUUUGCUAGAACACUGUACACACGGUAGAUUGUAAAGAAGAUACGAACAUUUCUUAUUCUUCACUGAGAUUACGACAACGACCUAAUAUUUUCAUUAGCAAAUAACAGCCUCUGUAGUGCUGUGACCGUAACACUUAAAUAGAUUCAAAGUCAUCAAUGUUACAUAGAUUAUAUAUAUAAAUAUAUAUAUAUAUAUAAGAACUAAAUAAUCUAUAAAUUAAGAAGUUGAGAUGUACAGCUCCUCCCCUGACAAAGGACCGUGAGGUUCCACUCUGAGACAUUUUAUUCGAGGCGUAUGUAUCACUAGAGUUAAGGAUUGCACUUUUCAUAAUGUUUAAAGAUGUGAUCUGUUUUUUGUUGUUUUUUGUUUCCUCUGCUACUACAACAAAUCUGUUUAUCAAUCAAAAGCAGAUAACACACGGUGAAUAACUUUAAUUCAACUUGUUGCAUGGGAAAAACAACUUUUCUUUUCUUUUCUUACUAAAUGAUUCUGAAUGUUACUAGUGAAAAAAACAAACAAAAAAAAAACACGUCUGUACACAACACGUCCUCAUUUGGUUACCCACGAUGCCCCUGUGUAUGGAAUCCUCUUGAGAUGUGGUGUUUUUAGAAAUGUGUCGGCGGUGAUUGACUGAUGAUGGUUUUAAAACGAGAAAAAAAACGAAGAAAAAGAACAUGUAAGCACUUUCUGAGCAGUUGGCCAACUGAGCAGACUCAGCUUAUCCAAACACUUUGCCUUAUCUUGAGUCCAUCGUGCUUAAAGGUUUUUCUGUUUUUAAAAAAGCUCUUAACUGGAAUUUAUUCAAAGAGACGUGAGCGGGUCUCUCUCCCCAAAUCCCUCCUCGAUUUCAUUUCAAACAUUUAUAUCGAAAAAAGUUUUAAGUUGGCCAAAAGACGGCAACUGCAACAGAGUGAGCAGUCUCCUGAUCGUCACCUCCGGUCUCCCCAAAAAACCUGUAGUGGCAUCUUUUUAUUUUUGUCCCAUUGCCUUACAAUGGAGCAGUUUGGAUUUGUAACUCACAGCUUUAGCCAGCAGAGGGCACUACAGUGGAGACUGCAGGUGACAUGUGGCGACUGCCUGUGCCAUCGUUGUUGCAGCGUAGCCAAGAUAAAUUGACCCUCAUCGGAUUUAUAGUUUCAAUGUAAUGAUUUCUUAAUGUAUUCUUUUGCAUAUAUUUUGUGCUAUUUUAUGUUUCUAUAGUCCAAUGUUCCUUUGGUUCCAGCGAGAUAGUGUAAAAUCUAUUGGAAGACAGAAAUAAAGAAAAUCAAAGGAU